CUCUUAUAGGAGUAAUUACUGUCCUCUGCCUUCCUCUCGGCCUUUCUCCUUCCUCUUGCUGGCGGUGCUUUUUUGAUCUUCCAUCCUGACCGAGCUUCGAUUUCAAGCCAUCUCUCUCUCUCUCUCUCUCUCUCUCUCUCUUUCUGCGUGUGACUGAGGAUUCUUCUUCUGCUUCUCCAUCGUCUCUCCCUCCCGGGAAGAUGGAUGGAUAGGAGUGAGUACUUUCCAACUCUUUAAUCAGAGUCGACAAUGGCGACGCUGAGGAAUCUGAAGAUAAAGACGGGUACUUGCCGGCGCAUAAUAAAGGAGCUCCACUCGUACGAGAAGGAGGUGGAGAGAGAAGCCUCCAAGACUGCCGAAAUGAAGCAGAAGGGCGCCGACCCUUACGACCUUAAGCAGCAGGAAAAUGUGCUUGCUGAAUCAAGGAUGAUGAUUCCGGACUGUCGCAAGCGAUUGGAGGCUUCUUUAACUGAUCUUAAAGCUACUUUGGCCGAGCUGGAGGAAUCGGAUCAGAAGGAAGGGGUGGAGAUCAAGGAGGCUCGAAGCACCAUAACAGAGGUUGAACAUUUUUUUGAGACCACAGAGGCCUGAAAUCCGGGAUCACUAGUGUCAGGUCUUGUAAGGUCAAGAGUUUGAUCUGCCAGGAAUUCAGGUUGUAGUCCCGUCAAAAGAGCACAACAAAGAUUGCAAGACUAUUGUGCUGUGUGAGUCAAUGGCUAUGGUGAAGCAUUUCAUGGAUUAUUACUCUUCUGUUUUGCCUAAUUUCGGUUUGGCCCCUGUAGGUUGAGGAUAUACACAAAUUGCCUCCUGUAGUUUUUAAGUUGUCUCAGAAUGCCCAUCGAGGCUUGAGUGAC